AUGAAGUAUAGCCAAGUGUAUUUUUCAUGCAAUCGAGGAGCUAAGCAAGUGGAAAAAAAUUUUAAUAUUAAAAUUAAACUGUGGAUUUUUUCGAAUAAAAUGCACCAUAUAAGCAGUGUAGCUCAAACUCCGACAAUAGAAAAUACAAUCGAAGAUGCCUAUAUAGAUCAAAACUAUGCAUCUUCUUCUAACAAAAAAGAAAGAUUUCAUCAUUUUGACAAAGCUUCUCAGAGGUAUGAAGUUGGGAGAGAAAAUAAGAUUUCAGCAACAGAAAAUGCACAUCUAAUAAGGUCUCGCAAAAUUAGCGCGAUCUUACCCUGUAAUGAUGAACUAGAGCAAAAUGCCCUUCAAGAUUUACCAAUAUUUACCAAAGCCUCUGUAGAUCAAAAUACAGAAAAUUUGAUAAUAAAUUUGGCUGACCUCAGAAAGAGAAACCAAGAUAAAAAAUGAAUUCAUCAACAGCAAGCUCAAGGGUUAAAGAAAUCUGAUUUAAAGACUUGCCCACAAUGCAAAAAAAACACAUACCACAAAAGUGGUUUCUGUACAAUUUGCAAAAAUAAAAAUGUAAAGACAGCAGGUAGAUGCUGCGUUUUAUUAUCAGCUUGCUGCUGUGGAAUUAUGAGUGCUUUAAGUUAA